AUGCUCCGAUUGGUCGUUCUGUUAGUUUUUUCUGUUUUCGUUUGUUACGGUCAGCUGAUAGGAGGACCGUUCUAUCCGAAAGCGAUUGGACUGAGCAGUGGAGAGUUUGGCGGCGGCGGCGGCGGUCACUUUGGCGGAGGUGGCGGACACUAUGUCGGAGGUGCUGGUCAUUGGUAUCCAGGUCUAAGCCUAGGAAGUGAUGUGGGCGGUGCUGGAUUUGCUGCACACAAAUUCGGAGGAGCAGGAGUUGGAGGAGCGGGUAUUGGAGGACACGGGAUUGGAGGAGCGGGUAUUGGAGGACACGGGAUUGGAGGAGCAGGAAUUGGAGGACACGGAUUAGGGGGAGCGGGUAUUGGAGGACACGGAAUUGGAGGAGCAGGAAUUGGAGGACACGCAUUAGGGGGAGCAGCAAUUGGAGGAGCAGGAAUUGGAAUCGGUGCGUCCGGUGGAGGACAAGUCGACCACAGCGUCUACCAGGGUGGAAAGAAGAACCUAGACAAUCACCACUUCGUUCAAACCCACGGCAAAAAGGGAGAGGAACUACACCACGGAAAUGGGGGAUUUACCAAGGGUGAGGUUGCUGAGAAGAAUGUAAAAGGUGACUCUGCCUAUUUCAGCGACGUCAAUGGUGGGAAGAUCGCCCACCAUGAGGGAAAAGAUUACCACGGUGGAGAACAUUACUCCAAAGAAGGUCAUGGAGGCAAUCAACAAACCAACAAGAAGGGCCACAAAAAGGGACACAGAAUCAAGGGAUUCAAGAACUCCCACCACUUAGACGAACACGGUGGAACUGAAGAGUACUACGACGAGGCCCACGAUGAGGGCGGCAACUACGCUUUCAAAGGAGAAACCGCAGGAUUUGGAGAAGGUGCAGCAAGCUCCUUCAAGGGUGGUCACGAAGGGGGUAAAUAUAACGCUGGGGAACAGAAGAAAUCGGGGCACUACGGCCAGGAGUUCAUCUCUGGAAAAAGCGAAGGGAACGAAGGAAAAUUUGGCGAGCACAAGUAUUCAGGUCAUAAAGGCGUUGUUGGAGAACACAAGGUUGUUGGUAGCGACGAUGUGUCUGGUUACGAAGAUUCCAGCAAAUUUUUUAAACACUACUAAGACACCUUCAUACCUCAUCGUCAAAGAGUUUUAAGUUUAAACACCACAGACUCCGAUGAUAUGUAAUUUAAUGAAUCACAUAUUUA